UAGAUUCAUUUGUGAAAACGUUCGAAAUGUUGUGAUGCCGCUGCCGGCAAUCGGUAGUCCGUAACGAGUGGUCGUGUGCGUGUACACCUAAACAACAACAAUACGUCAUGUCUCUGUAAAUGAAAAAAUACUUGUUGGGUUUCGUUCUACUUUUUUCAAUUUGUAUUUGAUCUUUGACUUGUCGAAGGACAAUGGCUGCUGGUCCUAUUGCAGAACGCAAUCAAGAUGCCACCAUCUAUGUUGGAGGUCUGGAUGAUAAGGUGUCAGAGACCCUGCUGUGGGAGCUCUUUGUACAGGCCGGCCCUGUGGUCAAUGUCCACAUGCCAAAAGACCGUGUGACUCAGCAGCAUCAAGGAUAUGGCUUUGUUGAAUUUCUGGGUGAAGAAGAUGCUGACUACUCAAUCAAAAUUAUGAACAUGAUUAAACUUUAUGGUAAACCUGUGAGAGUAAACAAAGCCUCAGCUCAUCAGAAAAAUCUUGAUGUUGGUGCCAACAUCUUCAUAGGGAACUUGGACCCUGAGGUCGAUGAGAAACUUCUGUAUGAUACAUUCUCUGCUUUUGGUGUCAUUCUUCAGACUCCUAAGAUCAUGAGGGAUCCAGAAACUGGCAAUUCUAAAGGCCAUGCUUUCAUAAAUUUUGCAUCUUUUGAAGCCAGUGAUGCAGCUAUUGAAGCCAUGAAUGGCCAGUACUUGUGCAACCGUGCCAUCAGCAUAUCUUACGCCUACAAGAAAGACAGCAAGAAGGAGCGUCACGGCACUGCAGCGGAGCGUCUCAUCGCCGCACAAAACCCGCUGAGCCAAGCAGACAAACCUCAUCAGCUCUUUGCUGAUGCUCCACCUCCUCCAUCUGCUCCAAUCCCUCCCCAGCCUCCCACCCCCUUGAGCAUGGGCAUGCCUCCCCCUCCUUCCACCCCUGUUUCCAUGCCCAUGCCUCCCCCUGGAGCACCCCCACCCAUGGGUGUUCCUCCUCCAGGCAUGGGCCUUCCACCACCUCCUAUCCCUCAAAGCCUGGGACCUCCCACGUCCAUGCCUCCUCCUCUUCCUCCUAUGCCUCCUCCAUCGUCACGACCUCCUCCCCUGCCUGGCCAGCCACCUCUCCCACCUCCCCCAACGUCGAGUGCUUCCUCCAACUCGGUUGGGAAUUAUGGAGCUCCCUAUGGCCCCCCUCGACCCCCAGGACCCCCACCAUCGUGGCAGCAGCAGCAAGGUGGCUCCGGUCUACCUCCACCCCCACCUGGGAUGCCGCCCCCAAUGGGAGGCCAACAAAUGCCUCCUCCCCCCGGAAUGCGGCCUCCACCCCCUGGCUGGCGUCCCCCGCCUCCUGGUCCUCCUCGCCCUCCGUUCGGACGGCCGCCCUUCCCUCCUCGUGGUCAAGUUGGAGGACCUCCCCCACCCCCGCCGCGGAUGCUGCCGCCUCGGGGUCCUCCACUUCCUCCUGGACCUCCGGGUCCUCCACCCCCUCCACCUGGCCUCCGCCCUCCUGGCUCUCAUGCACCGCCUCCACCUCCAGGCUCUGCUCCCUCCUCCAACCAAUCGUCUAACGCUCCCCCUCCACCCCCGGGGAUGGGGCCUCCAAUGCCUCGCGCUCCGCUUCCUCCUCCGCCGCCCGGUGGUGACAAAUAAAAAUAAUUAUAUUUUUCAUUAGGUUAGGUCGCAGUACGUAUAGACAUUCGCAAACGGGAUGCUAGCAUAUGCAGUCUUGUGUGGUUUUCUUUAUAUUUUAGGUGAUAAAUUUCAUGCUACAAAUUUUCCUAUUUUUAUAUUAAUCUAAAAGUCAUGAACUUGUUAUUCGAUUCACUCUUUACCCAUUAUUAUCCUUAUUGAGCUGGCAUAACAUGAUUGGAAAAAUUUUGUUGUAGACAUUUUCACAAAAAAGGUCGAUUAAGAAUUUGAUGUAUAACCUGAUUUUUGUAAAUCCAAGAUGAAAUUCAUAAAAGUUUUCUAAUAAAUUGUCAUCGGAAGUUUA